AUGCGCUUUUGGGGUACCAGCUGGAAAGUUCCUGGGCUUCAUGCUUACCAACCGGGGAAUAGAAGUGAACCCCGACAAGUGUGGCCGUGCUUCGAAAUGAAGCAUCCCGAAAGUGAAAAAAGAAAUUCAACAGCUCACUGGACGCCUUGCGGCUCUAACCAGAUUCUUGCCCAAAUCGGCUUUGCCUUCUUAGGGAAGCCGAAUUCGGAUGGGGAGAAAAAUGCAAGAACACAUUCAAAAAUAUAUUGUCUGGCCACUCCUCCCGUACUGACCAAACCAGAACCUGGGGAAACGCUGAUUUUAUACUUAUCAGUCGGGGAAGAGGCCGUCAAUGCCGCCUUGGUACGAGAAAAUGACAAAUCACAACAGCCGAUCUACUUUGUGGGUCGGGCCUUGCAAGGGCCCGAGCUUCGUUACCAGAAGCUCGAGAAAGUCGCAUUCGCACUACUUACCACGGCGAGGAGGCUCCGACCUUACUUUCUGGCCGACUUCAUCCUGGAGCUAACCCCAUCCAAUGAAAAGGAAAAAGGAAAUGAUGAUUUCUGGACAAUACACGUGGAUGGGUCGUCCAACUCCAAAGGAAGCGGAGCCGGGGUAAUCAUUGAGACCCCGGAAGGAGUGUCCAUCGAGCAUUCACUUCACCUGGCCUUCCCGACUUCUAAUAACCAGGCUGAAUACGAGGCAUUUAUUGCCGGAAUCAUACAAGCAAGAGAGCAUGGAGCCAGAAAAAUCAAAAUAAUGAGUGAUUCAAAGCUGAUUACCUCACAAGUUGAGGGAAAAUAUCAAGCCAAGGGUCCUCUCAUGAUGAAGUAUCUCCACCAGGUCAGGGAACUGCUAGCCGAUUUUGACGAGGUGAUAAUUCAAUACAUACCUCGGAACGAAAACAAUCGGGCCGACAUCUUAUCCAAACUUUCCAGCUCAAAGGUCCCAGGAACUCAUCGCACCGUGAUACAGCAGAGCAUUUUGGAGCCGACGUGUGUGAUGGUGAUUACCGAGACUGAGGAUUGGAGAGGACCCAUAGUGGCCUACCUGGAAAAAGGAAUCCAGCCAGACGAAACGCAAGAGGCCAGAAAACUCGUGAGGAAUGCGGCCUGCUUCACCAUAAUAGAAGGGCAACUCUACAAGAAGGGUUUUUACACGCCCAUGCUAAAGUGCCUAGGCAGAAGCGAGGUCGAAUACGUGCUGGCCGAGAUUCAUGAGGGCAUAAACGGGCAUCACAUAGGAGGAAAAGCCCUGGCCAGAAAGGCAUUGAGGGCAGGAUACUAUUGGCCAACUAUGGAGGCAGACGCGAAGGAGCACGUCAAAAAGUGCGAACAAUGUCAGAAGCACGCGCUGAUCCUCCGUGCUCCCCCAGAAGAGCUGCAAAGUAUCACGGCUCCGUGGCCGUUCUUCAAAUGGGGGAUGGAUCUACUAGGACCCUUCACUGCAGCGGAGGGUCAACUCAAGUGGCUGAUAGUAGCUGUCGAUUACUUCACCAAGUGGAUCGAGGCCGAACCCCUCACCACCAUUACCUCGGCAAGGAUACGAAGAUUUUUUCAGAGAAACCUAAUAAGCUGA